CCCAUGGUCAUCAGCCACUUUUCAAUCCAUGGCGGCGACCGCACAAACCAAUCUUCCUCCAUGCUUCCUCAUGCCCGCCGCCUGGCCUCUCAGGCCCAUCCUAAACCAGCCCCUCGUCCGGGCCCGACCCUCGCCGGCACCUACGUCGAGGGCUUCCACGGCACGAUUCGCAAUAUCGGCGGCGAUGAAGGGAGAGUCCAGGUCCUCGAUCAUCGAGAAGGAACAGGGGCUCUAUGAGAAAGCUCCGGUGGUCAACGUCGAUGGGCAACUCGCCGAUCGGUGGCGUGAGAUCCACGGCUCCGGCGACUGGGCCGGCCUGCUCGACCCGGUGGACCCUCUCCUGCGAUCGGAGCUGAUCCGCUACGGAGAGUUCGUCCAGGCCUGCUACGACUCUUUCAACUACGAUCCCUACUCCCGUUUCUGCGGCAACUGCAGGUACACCCCGGCAAGCUUCUUCGCCAACCUCGGCAUGGCCGACCACGGCUACUCCGUGACGCGCUACCUCUACGCGACCUCCAACAUCGAGCUCCCCAAUUUCUUCCGCUCCUCGAAGCUCCACCAAAAGACCUGGAGCCAGAAGGCCAACUGGAUCGGCUACAUCGCGGUGUCCGGCGACGAGGCCACGGCACGGCUCGGCCGGCGCGACAUCAUCGUGGUGUGGCGGGGAACGGUGACGGUGUUGGAGUGGAUCGAGGACCUGAAGACCUCCCAACACCCGGUGAAGGCGAGAGGGAUCCCCUGUCCGGACGAGUCCGUCAAGGUGGAGUCAGGCUUCGCCGAUCUGUACGUGAACAAGGACGCGACGUGCCGGUUCUGCAAGUACUCGGCCCGGGAGCAGGUGCUGUCGGAGGUGCGGAAACUGGUCGAACUUUACGCCGGCGAGAAAGGGGAAGAGGUGAGCGUGUCGGUGAUGGGUCACAGCUUGGGGAGCGCGCUGGCGGUCCUGAACGCGUACGACAUCGCGGAGAUGGGGUUAACGAAGGUGGGGGAGAAGGCGGUGGUCCCGCUGACGGUCUUCUCGUUCGCCGGCCCGAGGGUGGGAAACGCGCGGUUCAAGGAGCGGUUCGACAAGGAGCUGGGGAUCAAGGCGAUCCGGGUGGUCAACGUGCACGACUCGGUGCCCAAGGUGCCGGGGCUAGUGUUGAACGAGCAGGUGCCGGCGCUCUUGUGGCGGAUUCUGGAGAAGAUGCCGUGGAGCUACAGCCACGUGGGGGUGGAACUGGGACUCGACCACAAACUCUCGCCCUUCCUCAAGAACACCAGGGACAUCUCCUGCUUCCACAACCUCGAGGCGCACCUCCAUCUCCUCGAUGGGUACCAUGGGAAGGGGCGUAGCUUUGCGUCGGCGAGCGGGAGAGAUCCGGCGUUGGUAAACAAGUCGAGCGACUUCCUCAAGGAACAAGUCCUGGUGCCGCCUUACUGGAGGCAAGACGAGAACAAGGGCAUGACUCAAGCUGAUGGCCGCUGGUUACUGCCGGACCGCGACGACCACGAGUUGGAAGACCAUCCCCAAGACACCCACCACUUCCUCCGCCGGCUGGGACUUGCAGGUCAUCAGCAAACCUGAAGGCCAUGCACCUUCAUGAAAUUCAUGGGCGGCUCACGGCUGGCUCUUUGUUAUUUAAAAUGUAACAAAUUUAAAUAAUUUUUUACAGCCUUCGAAUCAGCACGAGAUCGAUCAGCUUUUAAAUAAGGCUCAAGGCCAGUGCGAUCGAUCGUAUCUUGUAGUAUAAGUUAAUAACAUGGUCAUGUGUACGAUGAACAAAA